AAGCUGCAGCUGCUGCAGAGCAGACAGGAGUAGUCAUGGACCUGUCCACCAGCCUGAUCCUGGUGGUUCUCACCACGGUUCUGCUCUGGCUGCUGAACCGCAGGAACAGCAGGAAGCAGCAUUUGCCCCCGGGGCCCCCCGCACUGCCCCUCAUAGGAAACCUGCUGCAGCUGGACAAGAAGGGACCCUCCAGGACCAUUGUGGAGCUCAGUAAGACCUACGGGCCUGUGAUGACCAUCUACAUGGGCUGGCAGAGGGCCAUGGCCCUGGUUGGUUAUGAUGCAGUCAAAGAGGCUCUGGUGGACCAAGCAGACGACUUUGUGGGGAGAGCGCCACUGCCGUUUUUCUACAGAGCUUCCAGAGGAUAUGGGAUCGGGAUCAGCAACGGGGAACGCUGGCGCCAGCUGCGGCGCUUCACUCUGACGACGCUGCGGGACUUUGGGAUGGGACGGAAAGGGAUGGAGCAGUGGAUCCAGGAGGAGAGCAGACACCUAAGAGCGCACAUAAUGUCAUUCAAAGGAAAACCCUUUGACCCCAUGUUCAAACUGAGCUGCGCCGUGUCCAAUGUGAUCUGCUGCUUCGUCUAUGGAGAGCGCUUCAACUAUGAUGACAAGCAGUUCUUGGAGCUUCUUAAAAUGAUCUCGGAGAUUUUGGACUUCAACGGCGGCCCCAUAGGAGCGAUGUACAACCUCUGCCCUUGGCUUUUGGAGCAUCUUCCAGGCCAUCAGCACACUGUCUUUGGCUACAUUGAGGUUACAAGAAAUUAUGCCAAAAAGAAGAUCCAGGAGCACAAAGACACGCUGGACCCAAGCUUUCCGAGAGACUUCAUCGACCGCUUCCUCAUCCACAUGGAUCAGGAAAAGGACAAUCCCACAUCUGAGUUCCACUAUGAGAACCUGCUUGCUAUGGUUCAGAAUCUGUUCCUGGCAGGAACAGAAACCACCAGCUCCACCAUCAGAUACGCUCUGAGUGUGCUGAUCAAACACCCCAAAAUACAGGAGAAAAUGCAGGAGGAGAUCGACUCUGUCAUCGGGAGAGAACGAUGCCCCUCCAUGGAGGACAGGAAGUCCCUCCCCUUCACAGACGCCGUCAUCCACGAGGUGCAGCGCUUCAUGGACCUCGCCCCCUUCAGCCUCCCUCACUAUUCUCUGAAGGACAUUUCAUUCAGAGGUUACACCAUCCCCAAGGACACCAUGAUUUUUCCCAUGCUGCACUCUGUGCUUAGAGAAGAUAAGCUGUGGUCAUCUCCCUGGUCCUUCAACCCCCAAAACUUUCUGGACCAGAACGGAAACUUCAAGAAGAACCCUGGAUUUGUGCCGUUUUCUGCAGGGAAAAGAGCCUGUGUUGGAGAGUCUCUGGCUCGGAUGGAGCUGUUUGUCUUCAUUGUGUCGCUCCUGCAGAACUUCACCUUUUCUGCCCCCAACGGUCCCGACAGCAUUAACUUGGAUCCAGAGUACAGCGGCCUUACCAACCAGCAUUGUCGGUACGAGCUCAUCGCCACUCCACGCUGAAGGAAGAGAUCCACCCAGGAGCUUCAAGAUGGUGAGAAGAAAGCUUUAUCCAAUGGAGUACACCUCCCACCUGCUGCAGGAAGGACUGUCUGCAGUUAGAUUGUUUAAAUCAGCAGCCUAAAUAUAUUCCCAAUAAAAUCCACAGACAACUUGUGAUUACUUUGACCAUUGUAGUUUUGAAAAUCUGUUUACUUUCUUUGGGUAUUCCCUUUUUAUGUUAUCUGCUUUCACACAUUAAUUAAAUGUAAAUUCAUCAAUCGUGA